AACAAUCCUUCAGACGUCAAAACCCCUCUCUCUCUAUCUGUCUUUGAUUUUCCGUACGCUUCUCUCUUUCUCUUCUCCUAUAUCUGUCUCUCUCUCUCUUUUCGGUAUCUCAUACCUCCCUCUCGCUCUCGCGGAGAGCUCCCUUCAGUCUCAUAUAAAUAUAUAAAUAAAUAAUUAAAUAUAUGUAUAUUUUUAUCAUAUUUUGUAUAUAAACCUUUCUCUCUCAUCCAAUUUUUGGUUUUUUUUUUUCAAUAGUUAUCUAUCUGGUUUUUCUUUUUCUUUUAAUUGGCGGGAAGCUACGGCGAAUUCCGGGAUUCUGAGAAGUGGGUUUUGCUUAGAUUGCAUAAUUGGUGUUGAAUUUUGAAGUUUGUGGAGUUAAGAGUGUAUUGUUAAUGGCAAACCCUUCUGGGAACCAUCAAGAACCGAACCAUGCUUCGUCGUCGUUCAACGGAGGGAACCCCGUGAAUGGGAAUUCUGCACCGGUGUCGGCCCCUGAUAGUUCCGGCGCCGGUAUGGCUAUGAAGCACAACCCGGGUAUAGCCAUGGAUUGGAGCCAAGAGGAGCAGACUGUUAUUGAAGAAGGCCUUGCCAAAUAUGCCUCAGAAUCAACUAUAAUUCGGUAUGCUAAGAUUGCCAUGCUGCUACAAAACAAGACUGUUCGAGAUGUGGCAUUACGAGUCAGAUGGAUGAAUAAAAAGGAAAACAGCAAGCGGAGGAAAGAAGAACAUAACUUGUCAAGGAAAAACAAAGAUAAAAAGGAAAGAGUUGCCGAUCCAUCAGCAAAGUCAUCACAUUACACAGCUCGAUCCAAUGUUCCUCCUUACGCACCGCCAAUGAUUCCUGUGGACAAUGAUGAUGGCAUCCCAUUCAAAGCCAUUGGUGGUGCCACUGGAGAGAUUCUAGAGCAAACCUCCCAGGUGUUGAAUCAAAUAUCUGCAAAUAUUGCUAAUUUUCAGAUACAAGAUAACAUCAAUCUUUUCUGUCAAAGUCGGGACAACAUCUUCAAGAUUCUAAAUGAAUUUAAAGACUUUCCAGAGGUAAUGAAGCAGAUGCCGCCGCUUCCAGUUAAACUGAAUGAAGAGCUAGCUAACACCAUCCUCCCCCGAACAAACAAUCCAAUGCAAUCAUGAUCCAGUUCCAUCUUCGUCAGGGAUUUCUAAUUAGUUUCGCAAAAAAAGUCAUCCGGCGGGUAACUCCCAAUUUAAAUCACAAAGUCGAUCAGAUAAUUAGGAAGUAACUCUCAACAGAGUUGACCCAAAAUUGCUUUCACCAUACAGAUGUCUCUUCCUUUUUCAAUGUUUUUCUGCGUUUAAUGUUUGGUUUCUUUUCGUUCUUUAGUUGCAUAGUGGGCAUAUGACUCAGAUGUACUGUGUAGAAAGUAGGGAAGGAUAUAUAUAUAUUUUUCUUUUUUUUUAAGCCUAUUCAUGGUAAUAAAUAGGGAAUGGAGAAGUGAAAUAUUUUAUUUUUUUUGAGCAAGGAGAAGUGAAAUAGUUUAAUAAGGCAUUUCAUUUCAAUUGGUUCUGUUCUGUUGGUGCUAUAGAUUGUGCUUUCUAUUCUCUCAUGUGGAUACUAAGCAGUAAUGCAAUAAGGUUUCCCAAGUGUGAAUAGUUCUUUGACGCUACUUAAUUGUUCUCUCUUUAUUGAAGCAUUGAACUCUUUUGCAUGCA